AUGCUCGUCUUAGCCACAGCCGUAUUCCUCUAUUACACAAUCUGGACCCUCCUCCUACCCUUCGUCGACGACUCGCACCCCGUCCAAGUGCUCUUCCCUCCUCGAGUCUGGGCAAUCCGAAUCCCCGUGAUCCUGGUUCUCCUCGGCGGCGCAGUCGUGGGCAGCUUUCUCAGCGUCGUCAUGAUCAGGAGUAAUCGGAAGAAGGCAAUGAAAGCGAAGCAGGCGGGGAAGUCGAAAUAA